AUGGAUUAUUUAAAUAUAAAAGUUUGUCUAAAACUUAUUUUGUUAGUCAGUAUUCUUGGAUUCAUUGAAACGCAAAAACAACCAAAUGCAGACGAAAAUCGUCCAUAUAAAUUUGGGUUUAAUAUUGAAGGACAGCAACAUAGACAAGAGGAAAAAGAUGAAAAGGGAUUAGUUAGUGGUGAAUUUGGUUUCAUUACUGCCGAUGGAGUUUAUCAUGUAACAGUAUAUGCGACAGAUGAGCAAGGUCGUUUUAAAAUUAUUAGUAUGAAAAGUAUCAAAGUCAGUCCCCCGCUAGACGGUUCACCAGAUUAUUCAAAAACACCUAUUCAAAAUAUCAACAACAAUGCAGUACAACCUGCAAUUUCGUCAUCAAGUACUUCCAAACCCUCAAUCUCUACAAUCAGCAAUUUUCUAUCAAAUCAAGAUUACACAACACAAUCACCUGUAAAUCGACCUUCUGUAACUCUACAAAAACCAGCAAAUUCGUGUAGCAGUUGUUCAAUACCAAGUACUACUAAAUUGCCACCUGCAGUAUCCCCACAGUUACUACAGCGGCCUGGAAAUAGUCAGUUAGGGCUUCCACAUCAAAUUCAAGUUCCAAAACCUAUCAAUGUUCAAAGCCCACCACCAAGCAUUAAUUAUCCACAAAGUCAAACAGUUGAUCCCAAAUAUCCUCAACAACAGGUUUCAAGUUACCCAAUAAGUCAAACUCCAGCAUCAUCACCAAGCCAAACACCAAAUCAAAAACCUGCCAAUAUACUAAAUCCACCAUUAAGCAUAAAUUAUCCACAAAGUCAAACAGUUAAUCCAAAUAAUCCUCAACAACAGAUUCCAAGUUAUCCAUCAAGUCAAACCCCAGCAUCAUCACCAAGCCAAAUACUAAAUCCAAAUUAUCCUCAAUCUCAGCUAGUAAAUCCAAUUUAUACACAAAAUCAAAACCCAGGAGUAAAUACUGUUAAUAACCCGUUACAAAACUAUCCUAAUCAACAAUCUAUAAUUCCAAACAACCCAGCAAAUCCGCCAAGUCAAGAGCUUAUUGCACCAUUUACACCUAAUGAGAUUCUUCCACCAAACAACUUGAAUCCAAAUCAACCUUCAUCCCCUGAUGUUUAUCCCUUAGUACCAAAUGACAAUUUUAAUUUACAACCUAACCCUCCCAAACAAGAAUUGUCUUCACCAUUUACUUCCAAUAACUAUAAUCCACAAUCAAAUCCACCUACUUCAUUUGUUCCAAACGCAAUAUAUCCAAGUAAAGAACCAAAUAUAUCUUUCCCACCUGAAUUGAAUAUCAGCCCGCUACCUCCUGAUAGCCUUAUAGAUAAUAACUACGACCUGGAGCCUUUAAAUCCAACAAUAAAACCCACAACUGAUAAUAACUACCAAACUACCAGAAAACCAUCUCCUGUUAUUCCUGAUGGUUUACAUUUCCCUGGAUUAAUUCAUCCGCCAAGUGAUCCUCCACCCGGUGAAAAUCCAACAAUGACAGGACCAAUGCCACCAGGAGUCACUGUAGAUGAUAUGCGCGAUUUAAUGUAUAAAUUUAAUUAUACUGUGGGAUUCCAUGGACAUUACGAAGUUGGGUAUCGUAGUGGAACAAAAGUGGGUGCAUAUUUCGUUAAUGGUCGGGACGGUUAUAGUCAUAUAGUUGAGUAUACUGCCGACGAAUUAGGAUUCCAUCCUAAAGUGUAUUACAUUUAUUUAGGAUUAGACCAUCCUGAUAUUCCAAAAGAAGAAACGGAAAAAGAAUUUGGAUUGAAGGGAUAUAUAUUUGAAUGGUAUAGCAUUGGCUAAUAAAUGCACUAUUUUUAACGUGACAGAGUAGCAUUAAAUCUUCUAGUUUCCUAAAUAUGGCAUCCCAUUAUUGAAUAAUGCUAUCGUACGCUCAUCGUUUAUAAUUAU